AUGGAGGUGGCGGUGGCGGUAGUGAGCGCUGUGACAAAAAGCGUGGUAUCGAAGCUGAUCACGGUUCUUGAGAAGAGGUACAAGGAGUUGAAGGACCUCGAGGGCGACAUCAGCUUCCUGCAUCGAGAGCUUGCCAUGAUCUGCGGGUCCAUGGAGGUUCAGAUCUCGCACAAGGGGCAGCCCAGCGCGGUAGAGAUCUUAUCCAUGGAAGAAUUCCGCGCCCUGGCACAUAACAUCGAGGACUGCCUGGACCGGUUCCUUCCUUGCGCUGCGUGCGAGGGAGAGCUCCAGAUCCGCAAUCCAAGAAAGUUCUGCCAUGAGAUCGGGAGACUCAAGCGGGAGCUGGAUGCGGCGCAUGAGCGAAAGAUCAGAUACAAUGCAGACUUUUGCUCCGCCGCAGCCGAAUCGGACCUGGACGACAAUCCCGUUGACCAAGAUAAUCCGGGCGCGUACGGGGCUUCUCCUGCGGUGGGCAUCGAGGAAGCAAAGCGGGAGCUUUGCAAGUCCUUAGUUGAUGGUGGCCAAGCUAGCCGCAGGAAGCUGAAGGUGGUCUCCAUCGUCGGAUUUGGGGGCUCGGGCAAAACCGCACUCGCAUGGGAAGUGUACAACUGCCCUCAAGUCGCCGAGCAAUUCAGUUGCCGUGCCUGGGUGACUGUGGCGUCCAAUCAAAUACACGGGGUCGCGGCCAAGGAGGCGCUCUUGACGGCCAUACUUGAGGGGCUUCUCGGAGAAGAAGCACAGGAGUCCGUGCCACAGAAACUCCGACAACUCCAGCAGCAUAUCAGUCGUCUUCUCCAGACCAAGAGGUGUUUAAUUGUAAUUGAUAACAUCAAGAUGGAGCUCUGGGAUGUAAUAAAACCUAUUUUCCCAGAUGAAAAAGGGAGCAGAAUCCUAGUGACCACAACUGUGACCUCAGUAGCUAAUGCCUGCAGCUUGCCUGAUGGUUAUGUGUACAGUAUAAGAUCUCUUAGUGCGGAACAGUCCAAGGAUUAUCUAGACAAGAAUGUUUUUGUCAAUGGAUGCUCACCUGACUUGGAGAGGGGUUCAACUGCAAUCGUGAACAAAUGUGAUGGUCACCCACUUGCUCUUGUUAGUGUUGCCAAAGCUUUGCAAGGUCACAAGUUGACAGGGGAUCUAUGUGAAAAAAUGACCCAUAACCUAUGUUCUCGUAUGGACGAGAACAAGAAUGGCCACUUCACAAAACUGGGGCAAGUUCUUAUGAAUAAUUACAGCAGUUUGCCUGGCAAUUCUCUCAAGACCUGCUUAUUAUACUCGAGUCUAUUCCCAAAUGAUCGCCCAGUCAGCAGGAAAACUCUUACCGGGCGAUGGUUAGCCGAAGGAUACAUAGAUGGUGACCAAGAGAUUGCCGAUAAAAAAUUAGAUGAGCUAAUUGACAGAAAUAUCAUUCUGCCUGUUGAUCCAAGCAACAAUGGGAAAGCCAAGACGUGCAAACCUCACGGUAUCAUGCACCAGUUCAUGCUGCACAAGUCCAUGGCUUCGAAUUUCAUUGCUACUUCUUUGAGUGCUAGGAACCGAAGUAAUUUCCGUCACCUAAUUAUUGAGAAACAUACAAAUGGCACAGCAUUUGAUAACUUGUUAUCAGGAUCGGCUGGUGAGCAGCUGCGCCCCCGAUCUCUAACAGUCUUCGGGAGUGCGGAAGAAGCCGUUCCAGAUUUGACGAGUUUUGAGCUGCUGAGAGUGUUGGAUCUAAAAGAAUGCAAUGGUUUGAAUGAAGAACAUCUGGGGCACAUAUACAAACUGUUGCAUCUCAAAUAUCUGACACUCGGGAGCUCUGUCAGCAAUCUUUCAGUUCAAAUGGAAAGGCUUCAUUGCUUAGAGAUACUUGACUUAAGGAAGACAAAGAUAGAGACACUGCCUGUGGAAGUCAUUAGUCUGCCUCACCUUGCACACCUUUAUGGUAAGAUGAAGCUCAAAAGGAUUAGUGGCAAGAACCAUAAGAGAUUCCUGCAAGGAAAAAGUAAUUUGCAGACUCUAGCAGGAGUUGUUAUAGACAACAACUCUGGAUUUCCAGAACUGAUGGUUCAUAUGAAGAAACUGACAAAGGUCAAGAUAUGGUGCGAGUCCAAUAGCACAGAUUGCAGUUACGCCGUACUUUCAGAGGCCAUUCACAAGUUUGCUCAGGACGGCAUGAGUACUCCAGUAGGCGCACGUUCUUUAUCACUUCACCUGAAUGAUUCCUCCAAAGAUUUGCUGAAUCACCAUCAAGGCGACAACACAAUGGCAGCAUCAAGAAAAGGUUAUCUUAGCUCACUGAAACUGCAAGGCAGCCUGAAUCAGUUCCCUCAGUUUGUUAUGUCCCUUCGUGGUCUGAAAGAGCUGUGCCUUGCAUAUACUAAUCUGACAGGGCCUCAUCUUCUCCUAGGUCUGCGUAAGCUACGGCACUUGGUUUAUCUCAAACUGGUGGAAGUCCACCUUGCGGAUCUAGACAUAAAACAUGGGGAUUUCCCAAGCCUGCAACAUCUAUGCCUCAUGGUGCGAGAACCGAGAUUCCCCACUAUACAAGAAGGAGCUUUGCCUAGACUCACUUCAGUUCAGUUGCUCUGUAAGGGUUUAGUGGGUCUUUGCGAUCACAUCAAAGUGGAAUGUUUAGAUGCUCUUUGCGAAAUCGCUCUGGACUCACAGGUUAAUCAAGAAACGAUAAGACUAUGGCAAAAUGAAGCUAAGAAGCACCCUAAGAGCCCAAAGGUUCUGUUGCUCAAAAGGGUCGAUCCAGCAGAUACUAGGUCUCCGGCGAAAUAUGUUGCCACUGAUCAUGGAUCCUUGAAGCCUCCGGUGCAGGGAACACCUUGAUUCCUUCCUCUGGGCUGAAACACAUGUGAAAGCAAGUCGCGUUGGAUGGUUCCAUUUCUCAGAUUUUCUACUACUCGUAAGUUGAUGAUACGAGGACAAAAGAAGAAGAUGAUGCAGACCAGGUACGGGUGGGUUGUUGUCUGCUU